AUGCCUCCAAGCCUCCAAGCCUCAGAAGUCCCAUCCAAGCCUGGCCUCCAUGACCUCCAAAGGCCUCCAUGUCCACUGCCUCCAAUCUCCUCCAUGUUCCAGCCUCCGGCCUCCAUGCCUCCAAGCCUCCAGCCUCCUGUCCCUAUGCCUCCAAACCUCCAUGUCCCCAUGCCUCCAAGCCUCCAUGCCUCCAAGCCUCCACCUGCCUCCAAGCUCCAAGCCUCCAUGCCACCUAAGGUCCUCCAAGCCUCCAUGCCCAAUGUCUCCAUGCCUUCAAGCCUCCCAAGUGUCCCAUGCCUCCUCCAAGCCUCCAUGUCCCCAUGCCUCCUUGCCUCCAAAGUCUCAAGCCUCCAAGCCUGGGUCCAAGCCUCCCAAGUCCCUCCAAGCCUCCAGGUCCCAUGCCUCCAAGCCUCCAUCCAUGCCUCCAUGCCUCCAUGUCCUUUGUCUCCAGUGCCUCCAUUCCUCCCAUGCUCUCCAUGCCUCCAAGCCUCCGGCCUCCAUGCCUCCAUGCCUCCAAGUCUCCGGUUCCCAUGCCUCCAAUCCUCCAAGCCUCCAAGUCCCCAUGCCUCCCAAGCCUCCAUGCCUCCAUUCUCCAAGCCUCUGUCAUGUCUCCAUGCCUCCAUGCCUCCAAAGUCUCCAUGCCUCCUAAGCCUCCAAGCCUCAAGUCUCCAAGCCUCCAAGUGUCCAUGCCUGCAAGCCUCCAAGUCCUAA